AUGCGUUUUAUGGCAGGCCCUGCAGGGAGCCAGAGUCUGGGUCCCCUGUGCUUCCACAGCAGCCCCCAAGCCCUCUACACGGUCCUCUUAAUAGUGCUGGUCAUGAUGAGCUUGGUGUUUGGUAAGUUUGUUCCUGUCAAUUGGGAACCCCCUCAACCACUUCCAUUCCCCAAAUACCUGUGCUGCUACCGAUGCCUCUUGGAGACCGAGGAGUUAGGGUGCCUUCUGGGAUCUGACAUCUGCCUCACCCCGGCUGGCAGCAGCUGCAUCACUCUCCACAUAAAGAACAGCAGUGGUUCUGACAUCAUGGUGAGUGACUGCCGAAGUAAGGAGCAGAUGAGUGAUUGUUCAAAUACCCGAACUUCUCCGGUGUCUGGCUUCUGGAUAUUCUCUCAAUGCUGCUUCCUGGAUUUCUGCAAUGACCCUCAAAACAGAGGGCUCUAUACUCCUUAGUGUGACUGCAGCAAACUUUGGUGUAAAAUUCCACCAGUUUCCAGCCACCUUCCUGACUUCUAUCUGGGCUUGGCCAGGACUUCUAGUCCCUCAUACCAGCCCUCCUUGCCUCCCUCCAGCCACUGGACCCCAGCCUUGGCUCCUCCUCUUGGUUGACGCCCUUCAGCACACUUACUCCUACUCUGCACCCCCAGCCCUACUGCCCACCAGGUUUCCUCUCUUGUCCCCUAGUCCCUGGAUGUUUCUCCCAAAUAAAUUUGUG